AGGGUGGAACAGAUUUGUUUUUCAAGGGGGGCGGGUUUACAAAUUGUCUACCAUGGCAACCACAAAGAUCAGGCGGGACAUUUAAGAAGAUGAACCAGGUUGCAGUGUUCGCAUGGCUCAUUGUUCAGUUUGGGUUUGGAUUUAGUUCCCACAAAAAUCUCCAUGAAGAUCAUUAUAAUGGAGAUCAGCACAACCCAGAUCAUGACAUGGCUGUAUUAAUGGGGGAUGAGGCCACAGAAGAAAUAAAAAAACUCACCCCAGAAGAACAGAGAAAAAAACUACUGGAAAUUGUGAAGAAAAUAGACACAAAUGGCGACAAUCUGCUGAAUGCAGAAGAGAUCACCCUGUGGAUUCAGCAUGUUUACAGAAAGUACGCUCUGGAGGAUGCAGAGGAGCGCUUCCCUGAAUUUGACCUAAACAAAGAUGGAGUGUUGACAUGGGAAGAAUACAACACCGUCGCUCAUGACCAGCUGUUCACUUUGGAUGAAAGCACUGUUUUGGAAGACCCAGAACAAGAUUCACUUAGACAGCUUCACUUGAAGGAGAAAAAGCGCUUUGAUUUUGCAGAUGUAGAUGGCACACCUGGUCUGAGUGUAACAGAGUUUCUUGCCUUUACUCAUCCAUCUGAAGUGGAUCGCAUGGCUGAUUUCACUAUCGAAGAUGUAUUGAUUGAGUACGAUACAGAUAAGGAUGGCUUCAUCUCCCUGAGUGAAUUUAUUGGAGAUGUGCGUGGUGAAGAUAAUUCUCCUUCAAAGUGGGAGAUUGAAGAAACUGUAAGAUUUAAAGAACUCUACGAUUCAGACAAAGAUGGCAAGUUAAAUCGAGAUGAACAGCUGCGUUGGAUAGCGCCUAAUAGCUACGGUUCUGCAAGAGAGGAGGCUCUUCACCUCAUCAAAGAAAUGGACCAAGAUGAGGACGAGCAGAUUUCUUUGGAAGAAGUUUUGAAGAACCAAGAGACUUUUCUGAACAGUGAAGUGACAGACUACGGCAGGCAGCUGCACGGAUCGCACGAUGAAUUAUAAACCUGCUUUUGUGCUUUACAUUUCUGUUAUUUGUUUCGACAAAGACUUAUAGAACGUUUCCUGUUUCAAUUUGAUGUUUGUGGUACUUUUGGGGUUUUAAUACAAGACUAACAAUAGAGGGAAUGUACUUUUUAAAAUGAGUCAGAGUACACUUUGAACUAACAUAUUACAAGGGAUAGCUGCUAAAUUGCACAUUGUUGGAAAUUUCUUUUAUUGCAUAAUUUAUUUCAUGCAAUAACUCAUAGAAAGCAGUGAAUUGCAUUGAGAGUUGCACUGUAAUUCCUUUACUUAAGUCCUCCUGUGAGGACAUAAUAAGAAAUAAUAAAAUUUACCUCUCAAAA